AUGUCUGACGGUAACUCCUCCACUAUCGGCUCCUACGUGAACCAAGCUACAGGCGCUGCCCAGCGCGCUGUCGGCUCCCUCACUGGCGACUCCUCCACCCAAAUCAAAGGCGAAGCAGUCCAAGACCAAGGCAAGGAGCAGCACGAGAACUCCCACACAACAGCCAAACUAGGCCCUAUCUCUGCCGACCCCAACACCGGCGCAACUGCCACCGACGACCCCAACCGCUCAACUGGUUCCUGGGACCAGACCGUCGGCUCAGCUAAGGAGUCACUGGGUAACAUGAUCGGCAACGAGAGCCUCCGCAAGGCUGGUGUUGAGCAGAACGCCGCGGGCAAGGAGCAAGAGGCUAAGGGCCAGCUCAAGGACUGGGGUGAGGGUAUGCAGAACCGGGCCCAGGGUGCCCUUGGCGGCGUUGCUGCUGCUGUUACCGGUGAUCGGGACGAGGAGAAGAAGUUCCAGGAUAUGCAUGACGAGGGCAAGGUUAGACAGCGUGGAGCUGAGGCUGAUAUGGCCAAGCGCCAGGGUGCGUAA